AUGGCACACCAGCGAGUUCAUACUGAGGUGAGGCCGUUCAUCUGCUCUACAUGUGGGAAGAGAUUCACUCGGGCAUCCAGCCUGAUGGUACAUCAGCGAAUUUACGCUGGCGAAAGGCCUUUCACUUGCUCCGAGUGUGGGAAAGGAUUUACUCAUUCAUUCAGCCUGAACUUACACAGGAAAAGGCACACUGGGGACAGGCCGUUUAGCUGCUCUGAAUGUGAGAAGAGGUUCAUUAAUUCAUCCAGCCUCCUGAGACACCAGCAAACACAUGAGCAAAUCCACACUGGAGAGUGGUCGUUUGCUUGCGCUGAAAGCGGGAAGAGAUUUACUCAGUCAUCUAACCUGCAGUCACACCAGCGAAUUCACAAUGGGGAGAGGACAUUCAUCUGCCCCGAGUGUGGAAAGAGGUUCACUCCGUCAUCUGAGCUGUGCUUACACCAGUGA